UUUGCGACUUUUCGUAUUUUCCUCCAAUAUUUUUUGUUAGUUAUUUUUGACGAGUGGAAAAAUCAAUAGUCUAGUCAAAAGUUAAAGAAAACAGAAAUGGAGGACCAAAAUCUAGGAAGAUUCUAUGGCCGCCCUCCUCAGCGGCAAGUACAACCAACAGAAGCAGGUGGACGCGGUGCCGCCGUGAGCCGAGGUGGCCGAGGGGCCGGUGGCAUGAGCCAUGAGCGCGCCGCCCCGCCCGGUCGCCCGGGCCGUCAGCCUGGCCUCGCCCUUCAGCCCCCGCAGGGGCCGGGGCGCCGCCGCGCGGCCCUUGUCGACCGCCGCGCUCCUGGACUCGGCCGACGAGGGCGACGAUGAGGAGGUGGACAACGCGGCGGCCGCGAGCUGCGGCCCCGCCGAGCCCGCCGACGGCAACCCAGACCGCCCCGUCACCCCUGAGGCGGCGGCGGCAGCGGCGCCCACGGUCAAAAGGUCCAAGGGCCGGAUCAGGCGGAAAAACUCGAAGUUCGCGCAGCAGGGGCCCAAGUUUUCGGACAGUGGCGGCGGGGCAGCCGCCGCCUCCAAGGGCACGGCGGACAACGGCGAGCUCGUCCUUAGCGCCAACGCCAUCCUGGACAGCCUUGCCCGCCUGCGAGAACAGAGCGACGCCAAGGCCUGCGCCGUGACGGCGUCCGACAACGUGACCACCAGCACGCCGUCAGCGACCUCCACAUCUAGCCCCGCCGCGGAGGACGGUCCGCGAGCCGAUGACGACGACAAGCAGGAGGCAGAGUCCUGGAGCUUUCGACGGAGGAAAGGCGGCGCGGAGGGCGAAGCCUCGUCGCGGUCCUACCACCGGGACUGCCAGGAGGCGCUGCAGUCGCUGCUCUGGGAGCCGUACGACUGCAGGGACCCUAAGGACACCCCCAUGUACCAAUACGCGGACGACGCCGACGUCAGCCUGUGGCUGUACCCGCGACCCGGACUGGGUGGCGCGAAGCUGUCGACGCGCGGGGGCGGGGAAGGCUGUCGCUGUCCCUGCCGCUGCGCGUUGCACCAUAGCCCGUCGGACUCCUCGUCGGACUGCUCUUCGAUGAGCGACACGUCACCGUCGUCGCCCACCCCCGUGCCACUGAGGGAGACGUCGGCGUCCUCGCUGCGCGGUCUGCUCACCGCCUCCACGUCCGGGGGUAGCAGCGCGGCCGAUGGGUGGACCGCCCCCCGCGUCACCCCCGGUCACCAGCACCAGCACCAGCACCACCACCAUCACCACCACCACAGCGCUCGGAGGCAGCGACAUCAGGCUUCCCCCCGCCUGGUCACUGACCUCAAAACGCCGUGGAUUGGAACACCAGCGACUCAGCCGCCGCGAGCCGCCAGCAGCUUGCGAGGAGCUCCACCAGCCGCGCUAGGCUCGCCCAGGGCCUCGCUCUCGCCGCCCGCCGCCGCUACAGCCGCUGCCGCCGCAGCCGCAGCCGUCGCCAGUGUGGCCCCUCCACCGCGCAGCCGUCAGUCGGAGACCGGACGCGCUGGCAGGCGGACCCUCACGCCCGCGUCGCCAGGCUCUGCGUGCAGCGCCAGCUAUGGGCAUCGUCGGCCCGGGCCCAACAUGCUCGUCAACGUGUCAGUGCCGCAGGAUGUGUCGCCGUGUGUCGUGCAAGUGCCCAGCAGUGGUGUGAGCAGUGUCACCGUCAGUGGAGUGGUUACCAGUGCAGUGAGCAGUGCGAGCAGUGCUACUAGUGUGUGUGUGCCAUCGCCGUCGGUGUCCGCGGUGCCGACCAUCCCGUGCCUUAACAAUGUGUCCAACGUGCACAUUCACGCGUCAUCCCCGACGCCGCGCCCGCGGCCCCGCGCCGCCGCCGCCGUGACACCCGCCUCGCCGAGGGUGCCGCCCCCGCCGCCGCCGGCAUCGUCCGGGCCGCGGACCUACGCGUCCACGGAGGCCCAGACGGAUGACCUGGAGGCGGAGGGGCGCCGAGAGCGGCGCCGGGAGCGUCGGGAGCGACGCCACCUGCGGCGCCUGCAGCCGCGCCACCCCCACCCGCACCCCCACGGCGCGCCCCCGCAGACCGCCGUGCUGGGGCCGGGGCUGGGCGCCGUGCCGGGGGAGGCCGUGCAGGUCCCGGACCUGCUGCACUCCCACCUGCCGCCGCCCUACUCCACCCUGCCUCUCGGAUUGCCCCCGCACAUCCUGGCCGCCCCCGUGGCCAGCAUGCCCCUCGGCGGACCCCCGCCUCUAGUCGCCGCCCCGCACGGGGCCCCGCCCCCGCAGCACCCACAGCUGUCCCCGCCCCCGCAGCCGCCCCCUGGACACCAUCGCUUCGCCGCACCCGGACUACGCCUGCCCUUCGCCUUUGUGCCAGCCUCCAGGAGAAGGUGA